CACCCUUACCAAUCGCCUCCCGAUUCCCUGCCGCCGCCCUUUUCGGACCUUGAAUCGUUCUCACUCAUCCCCCCACAGCAGCCUGCCUCUAGACGGACCCUCGUCACACGGCGUCGCGAUAACUUGUCGGCGAGUCGAUGCCCUGCCGCGCCUAACCCUCUGGACGAAAACAUGUCGCAGUAUUACGGCGCUCCUCCUCCAAAUCAGUACGCGGGAGGUUCGGCUGCCGCCCAGAACCUCCAGUUCUAUCCCUCGUCCUAUUCUCCUGGCGUCCCCGGCCAGGCGGCCUCCGCGCAAGCAUACGGCUAUGGCGCGCCUCCUCCCGGUCCCGGGGCAUAUGGCGGGUUUGGCGGCGCGCCGGGGGUGAGCGGGAGGAUGGGCGAGCAGGGCGGCCUGCGGACGGGCUGGCUGGCGGCCUUCUCGACCGAGGGGUACGAUGGGGAGCCGCCUCUGCUCGAGGAGCUGGGCGUUAACUUUGGCCAUAUCCAGAUGAAGACCUUAGCAGUGCUCAACCCCUUCGGAAGAAUAGACCAACACAUUAUGGACGAUUCCGACCUCGCGGGACCCAUCCUCUUCUUCCUCCUAUUCGGCACGUUCCUGCUCUUCAGCGGCAAGGUGCACUUCGGAUACAUAUACGGCCUUGCCCUCAUGGGGUCCAUCGCCCUACACACCAUCCUGUCGCUCAUGUCUAACGACGGCACCGGCUCUCCGACACCAUCCCACGCGUCGCCUGCGUAUUCUUCGGGCCCGGCCUACCCCGGCGAUCCCAACACAGGAGGCAGGGACGAUGCCAAGGGCCACCUCAGCAGUACCCUGACAUUUGUGCGGAGCGCGAGCGUGCUCGGAUACUGUCUUCUGCCUCUCGUCAUGACGAGUCUGGUAGGCAUCAUCAUGCCCAUGGACGGACCGCUUGGCUACAUCCUAACUAUUGCCGCGAUUGUCUGGUGUACAGCCAGCGCGAGCGGCAUGUUUUGCGCCGUCGGACGGAUGAAAGAGAUGAGGGCACUGGUCGCGUAUCCGUUGAUGCUAUUCUACGUCGGCUUCGGUAUCAUGGGCAUCUUCAGCAGUCGAGGAUCUGGCAGUCUAGGCAAAGCGGCAGGCGUGUCGUGAAAGACAAGCCGUGCUAGAGAACAUACGAAACUACAAACUCGUCUUCCCCCCCCCCCCCACACAACACGGCCACCCCAACCUGACAGCAACACGAAGUUUUCCCAGCUUACG